GAACAUGGAGGUGUAGUGAUCGCCUGGUCGCAGCCGGAGGAGGAAGCCCGCGAGAGAGCUUCACUGAGCCGAACCGAACUGAACCCGGUUUUUCUUUUCAGUUUCUUUGUUCACUUUGUUUUGAGCCUCAGCUCGGCUCCAACAUGGACAUGAAGAAGAGGAUCAGCCUGGAGCUGAGGAACAGAGACCCGGCGGAGGUGGUGGAGCUGGUGGUGGAUAACUGUCGCUCCAGUGACGGGGAGGUUGAAGGACUGACGGAUGACUACACAGAGUUGGAGAUCCUCAGCAUGGUGAGCGUCGGCCUCACGUCGCUCUCCAAACUGCCCUCACUGCCCAAACUACGCAAGCUGGAGGUGAGCGACAACACCAUCACAGGAGGUUUGGACACGCUGGCAGAGAAAUGUCCCAACCUGACGUACCUGAACCUGAGCGGGAACAAGAUCAAAGAGCUGAGCGCCGUCGAGGUUCUGCAGAACCUGAAGAACCUGAAGAGUCUGGACCUGUACAGCUGUGAAGUGUCCACCCUGGAGGACUACAGAGAGAGCGUCUUUGAGCUGCUGCCUCAGCUCACCUACCUGGACGGAUAUGACCAGGAGGACAACGAGGUGCCCGACUCAGAGGCCGACAAUGACGAUGAUGUAGCCGGGCCUCCUGGAGAUGAUGAGGAUGACGACGAUGAUGAGGAUGACGAAGAAGGUUCUGAGGGGGAUGAGGAUGAGGUGGGCCUGUCGUACCUGAUGAAGGAGGGAAUCCAGGAUGAAGAGGACGAUGGAGACUAUGUCGAAGAAGAGGAGGAUGAUGAGGAGGAGGAGGAGGAGGAAGAUGGAGAUGCGGAUGCUGCAGCUGUUCAGGGGGAGAAGAGGAAGAGGGAUGCAGAGGACGAUGGUGAUGAUGAUGAUGAUGAAUAAUCACCUUCUCCCACUGUAACCCGCCCCCACCACCACCCUCACCCCCUCCUCCUCCAGCGACCUCUGACCCUCCGGCCGGCCGGACAGACACCACUUCAGAGCCGCUGAAAGCAGGUCCAGGAUCAGUUCACUGCAACACUGCGGCAUGUGACCAGUGAUGUCAUCGUUUACCUGAAACACAACAGAUUAAUACUCACUGAUCAACGGGAAGUGUUCGGAUUGGACCACUGGGGGGGGUGACAGACACGUCAACAGUCUGAAAUAAGUAACUCCGUGUACGUGUACUGCAGUACGUGUACUGCAGUACGUGUACUGCAGUACGUGUACUGCAGUACGUGUACUGUGUACGUGUACUGAUUGGAUGAUUUGUUUGUUUUUAAAUUAUCUUAUUGCAUUUACCCUGGUGUCAGGUGUAGCCCCGCCCCCUCACCCGUUUGUGUGUCUGCGGCUCUGUCACCGUCCGUCUGGCUCCUCCUCCUGGUCCUGGUCUGUGUGGAUCUGGUCUCUGUAAAUAGAAGUGAAGUGGUCUCUGUAGGUCCUCAUCAUGUCGUCCUUCUGGAGUCGGAGCGAUUUUCUUCCUCUGAGUUAAUUUUAUUUUUUUAUUCCUGUCUCGUGAUCGUUUGGCUGUUUUUCAAUAAAAACAACAGAAUGCACAAAA